AUGGCCACGUCCAUUAUCGACACCACCAAGGACCUGGCAGCGCUCUUUGAGCAGCAAGCCCAGGCCACGCCGCAGGCCGUCGCGCUCCAGGACGAAAAGCGAGCUCUCACAUACGCGGAACUCGAUAGCGAAACAUGGGCGCUGGCCGACCGCCUGCGUCAGUAUGGCGUCGGCCGAGAUUGUCUGGUUGGCGUGCUCAUGAAUCGCAGCGCUGACUAUGUCGUUGCCUCUCUGGCGGCUCUUCGUGCCGGUGGUGCAUAUCUAGUUCUGGAGCUGGCGUAUCCUGCUGCCUUGUUGCGCGAUGUCAUUGAAGAUGCCAUGCCGACCGUCAUCGUGACGCAAAGGGCUCAUGCCAGCAACCUGAAUGUCGAUAUCCCAGUGAUUGUCGUCGACCAGCCAGACAUGACAGUGGGCGCAAACGAGCCCGUUCUCGUGGGGCCCAAGCCCCCGUUGCCGGCAGAAGAUGAUCUUGACCGACUCGCCUUUGUGUCCUAUUCGUCAGGUACGACAGGCAAGCCCAAGGGCAUCGCGAACCCGCACAGGGCUUCAGUCUGCUCAUAUAACCUGAGAUUCGACCUCAGCGACUUGAAGCCCGGUGACCGGGUGGCUUGCAAUGUCUUCUUCCCUUGGGAAAUGCUUCGGCCGCUCCUCCGCGGAGCGACCACGGUGGCUGUCCCAGACAGCGUGAGCUACGACCCCGAUGGUCUCGUGGAAUUCCUCGCGGCUCGAAAUAUCACCGACACAUUGAUGACGCCGACUCUUCUGGCCACAGUUCUCGCACGCCAUCCGUCCCUCGCCGACACCCUCCCCGAUCUGAAAUCUCUGUGGCUCAAUGGUGAGGUUGUGACAACGGACCUCUGUCGCCGCGCUUUUGCUGCUCUGCCCGCCGUUCGGCUUCUCAAUGUGUACAGCGCCAGCGAGACACAUGAGGUCGCGGCGGGUGACAUCAAGACCUUUAUCGACUACGAGGCAAGGGUGUGCCCUGUAGGCCCGCCAAUGGAUCCCUCAACUAUUUACAUCCUCGACGAGGCCGGUAACAGGGUCGACGCGGGCACCAGUGGUGAAUUAUAUAUUGGCGGUGACAUGCUAGCCAGAGGGUACCUGAACCUUCCAGAAACCACAGCCAAAGCCUUCCAAAUUGACCCAUUCUCGACCUCUCUGGACGCCAGAAUGUAUCGGACUGGAGACCUGGCCAGAAUUCUCCCCUCUGGCCUCCUCGAAAUCACCGGUAGGGUAGGCGGGAUGAUCAAGACCCGUGGAUACACCGUCCAGCCCGGGGCUGUGGAAACAGCAAUUGUAAACCACCUCGCGGCUCGGGCUUGCGCUGUCGUUGCUCGUGGCGAUGGCCUGGGCAAGCAGUUGGUGGCUUAUGUCGUCCCGGACAAAGGCGAGAUUCGCAAUCGAACCGUCUUGGUGGUGGAUGAGUCUGGGUAUAGUCCUGUGGCUCGGAGAGCGCUCUCCGACCAUCUUGCGCAUUACAUGAUUCCCACCCUCUGGGUUGAACUGGAGUCGCUGCCCACGAAUGGCGUCUCGGGAAAGAUUGAUCUGAAAUCCCUGCCUCCUCCGCCCUCACCGAAAACACCAACUGUAAACGCAAAAAAGGACCACGAUACCAGAAUCAAGAUGGACACCAUCAUCAAAAUGUGGGCUUUGUCUCUCAACAUCCCCGCGACUGCCAUCUCUCAGAGCCAUAGCUUUUUCGACUUGGGCGGCCACUCCUUGACCUUGGCCGACUUGGCCGGCCGCUUGACAAGAACAUUUGGCUUCCCGAUACCCCUUGCGCCACUCGCCGGGACGCCAACCCUGGAGGGCCAUAUGGAUGCGAUACGAGCCGCGCGAGAUGGCCAUACGGCUGCCGUGCAAGCCGAUCUCCCUGCCGUCCUGCUCGCUGACUCGGUUCUGCCCGAUGACAUCAAAUCCAAUGGCAAGCCCAUGUGCCGGCUCGGCGAUGCGGCGACUAUCCUUCUCACUGGUGCAACGGGCUAUCUGGGCGCUUUCCUCCUCAAGUCUCUCCUGGAAAGCACUUCAGCCCAAAUUCUCUGUCUCAUUCGCUUCACAGACCCAAAUAUCGACUGUCGCCCAGCUGGCAUUGCACGCAUCAGAAAGAAUUUGAUCGAUCAGGGAAUCUGGAAUGACGCCAUGCUUGAGAGAAUGGAGGUUGUACCCGGUAAUUUGGCGCGCAACCGCCUUGGUCUCGCCCCCGAAGCCUUCGAGGCGCUUGCUUCACGUGUCGAUGUUAUUGUCCACGCCGCCGCCACUGUCAACCUGGUCUACCCUUACGCUGCACUGCGAAAUGCCAAUGUUGGCGGCACCCGCGAGAUAUUGAGGCUCGCCUCUCGAGGUGGCGCCACCGUCCAUCACGUGUCGACCAACGGUGUCUUGCCGCCUUCAAAGACCGCCUGGGCAGAGGAAGCCAUGCUGGACAUAGCUGACGUACCGACGAGGCUGCCUGACGGGUACGGUCAGACCAAAUGGGUUGCCGAGAAGCUGGUCUAUGAGGCCGGCCGGCGAGGCAUGCACGUCAAGGUGUAUCGGCCCGGUACCAUCAGUGGUCACAGCACCACAGGUGCUACCAACACGUACGAUCUUUUGAACGCGUUGAUCGUCGAGUCUCUGCACCUUGGAUAUGCUCCCCGGGUCGAUGGCUGGCUGGCAGAAAUGACACCCGUGGACUUUGUCAGCCAGGCAAUCGUCACCUUGGCCAAUCACCCUUGUACAAAACAGAAGCUGUAUCAUUUGGGCGACCCGGAUCCUGUGACGGCCGAAAACGUGUUCCGGGAUCUCGAAGCCCUCGGGUACCCUACUAAACGACUUCCUUGGGACGACUGGGUAGCCCUGUGGAAGGAGAAGCGCGGGUCGGGACGAGGCGGCGACGACCCAUUCACCGUCGACAUCCUUCGCGGUGGCAUGCCCACAGUCGACACGCUGGAGCUGGUGACUAUUCUCAAGGACGGAGCCACUCAACCAGUCCUGGAUCUCUACGGCGUCUCACGACCGAAAAUCGACAGGCAUUUGUGGGAGACUUAUGCACGGCACUUCUUCGCCCGUGGCUGGCUCCCGCAGCCACCGCUGCGUCAAAGGGCAGCCGGUACACACUGUCAUGCCGACAAGGGUCGCCUCGCCGGCCGGGUCGUCGUCAUCACGGGAGCGUCUUCGGGUAUCGGAGCCGCCGUUGCGGCCAAGCUAGCCCGCGAGGGCGCCCACAUUGCUCUCGCAGCUCGUCGGAUCGACGAGCUCGACAAGCUGAGGGCCAACUUGUGCCGUUGCGGCGGCAAGAUCCUGGCCCACAAGACGGACGUCACCAGCAAGGCGCAAGUAGAAUCUCUGAUGAAGACCGCGACGGAGAAGCUCGGACCCAUCGACAUUCUCGUCAGCUGCGCCGGCGUCAUGUACUUCACCAUGAUGGCCAACUGCCAGGCGGAGGAGUGGGAGCGCACCGUCGACAUCAACUGCAAGGGGCUGCUGCACUGCCUUUCGUCCACAGUCCCCGGCUUCCUGGAGCGGAAGCGCGGCCACAUUGUUGCCAUUUCGUCCGACGCCGGCCGCAAGGUCUUCCCCGGCCUCGGCGUCUACUCGGCCAGCAAGUUCUUCGUCGAAGCCACCCUCCAGAGCCUGCGGCUGGAGACUGCCGGCUCGGGUCUCCGCGUCACCGCCAUUCAGCCGGGCAACGUUGACACUGGCUUGCUGGACAUCUCCACGGACGCCGAGGCGCUGAAGAAGUAUGGCGAGCCCUCGGGUGCCAAGGUGCUGGAUGCUGAAGACGUCGCGGGUGCCAUUCUGUACGCCGUGACUCAGCCCGAACAUGUCGCUGUCAACGAAGUGCUGAUCGAGCCGAGGGACGAGCCAAUCUGA